AUGGCAUCAAUAGCUCCAAUGAGAAAUAUGACAGCAACACAUGCAAAAUCAUCAGCGAAAAAUUCGGAUUUUCAAAGCGAUAUGAUCAUAAAUUUUAUUGAAAAAGCAAUUCACAUCUCGCAACAAGCCGUAUUAGAUAAACUCACUCAAUUAGAAAUGAAAUCUAAAAUUACUACAAAUCGAUGUUCCGCUAUUGAACAACAAUUAGAAACAAAUGUAUUACCACAAAUAACAGUUUUGACAGGAUUAAUAUCAUCGAUUUCGCGUCGAAUUAUUGAACAUGAACGUGAAAUUAUUAAAAUGAAAGUUGAAAUAUCGAGACAUGAAAGAUAUUUCAAUGAUAUGUUACAUCUCUGUGUUGUUACGGAAUUAUUAAAAAAAGAAGGAAUAACUGGUCUAUAUGUUGAUAUUCUGAUUGAUGGUUUCGUGGCACUAGUCCAGAGCGCACAUAUAACUGAUGCCGUUGACGCUGAUACAAUGACAUGUAUUGAUUAUCUAGAACAUAGAACUGGUGAAAUAAUAUUAUCCACAUCGGGAAUUAAUAAGCAAUACUCGCUUGAUCAAUCGUCAGAUCGACAAAAAAUUCUAUAG